GUUUUAGAGAGUUGGACUCCCUUUCUCUCUCCCUCUCUCUCUCUCUCUCUCUCCCUCAUCCCGGUCAGCAAGAAAAGCGGCUGUGCCUCUUUAAAGCUGAUUAAAAUAUCUAUUUGCUUCUCUGAUGAGUGGAUAAACCACCUGACAUUGCUGCUGUAGGACAACGGCCGUGCUGUUCCAACAACAACAACAGCAUCCAUCCAUAGUUGACUCCUUAUAUUUAUUAUAUAGUUAUUAUAUCUGUCUCACAGUGUGGAUAUAGUCCACGUGGGCUAGUAGUUCUUAGUUAGCACCUUUUUCCAGGAUUCCUGGUUACUAAGUAGGAACUUAAGUGGGCUUGAAGUGGGCAAAUUAUGCAGGUCCCUUAAGGGCGGGGCCACCAUGGAAACUACGGACAAACCCACCAGGGACCCAUACUGCUCGAGCCCAAAUAAAGCUCACAUUAACUGCUGACUGGGAAGUGUUACCAUACUACUAUUGCUAACUGCUAACUACUACUAAGAAUGAAACUAACUGACUGACUAUUUUUACUAUUAUUAAUAUAUUAUCACAUUUCUGACGUAAUAAUUGGAUUCUACUUGACUGUAUUAUGUGUACACACGGAAUGAUGGCGCAUAUAAUUUAUAAUCACUGUUUUCACCUUUUUUAUUUUGCACUUUAAGACAUUUCUUAAACAUUUUUUUCUUUGCCUCAGUUUCAGCCACAGAGACGGUGCUGGGACCCUGACGUGGUCGUCUCCAGGGUCAUGUCUUCUUAAUCUUCUUCUCAAGCGACCCCGUGACUUCAGGAAAGAUGAUCAAAACAGGAUUUCGCUCAACAAACGCGCUGCCACCGGACACGGUGGACAUCAUCCGCACCAAGACCCACUCUCGCCGAGUGAGGCUGAACGUCGGGGGCCUCAUCCAUGAAGUCCUGUGGAGGACGCUGGACAGGCUGCCCCGCACCAGACUGGGCAAACUGAGAGACUGCAACACGCACGACUCCAUCAUGGAGAUAUGCGACGACUACAGCCUGGAUAGCAACGAGUACUUCUUCGACAGACACCCGGGAGCCUUCACCUCCAUCCUGAACUUCUACCGCACCGGGAAGCUCCACAUGAUGGAGGAGAUGUGCGCCCUGUCCUUCAGCCAAGAGCUGGACUUCUGGGGCAUCGACGAGAUCUACCUGGAGUCCUGCUGCCAGGCCAGGUAUCACCAGAAGAAGGAGCAGAUGAACGAGGAGCUCAAAAGGGAGGCGGAGAACAUGAGGGAGAGGGACGGAGAGGAGUUUACCACCACGUGUUGCUCCGAGAAGAGGAUGAAACUCUGGGACCUCUUGGAGAAGCCAAGCUCAUCGUUUGCUGCCAAGAUCCUGGCGAUCAUCUCCAUCCUCUUCAUUGUGCUGUCCACCAUCGCGUUGUCUCUGAACACUCUUCCAGAGCUGCAGGACACAGACGAGUUUGGACAGCCCACGGACAACCCACAGCUGGCUCACGUGGAAGCCGUGUGUAUCGCCUGGUUCACCAUGGAGUACUUGCUCCGUUUCCUCUCCUCCCCCAACAAGUGGAAGUUCUUCAAGGGUCCUCUGAAUGUCAUCGAUCUGCUGGCCAUCCUGCCGUACUAUGUCACCAUCUUCCUCACAGAGUCCAACAAGAGUGUGCUGCAGUUUCAGAACGUCCGACGUGUCGUCCAGAUUUUCCGCAUCAUGCGGAUCCUGCGUAUUCUGAAGUUGGCCCGUCACUCCACAGGUCUUCAGUCGCUUGGCUUCACUCUCAGGAGGAGCUAUAAUGAGCUGGGCCUGCUUAUCCUUUUCUUGGCCAUGGGCAUCAUGAUCUUCUCCAGCCUGGUGUUCUUUGCGGAGAAGGACGAAGAGGACACCAAGUUCAAAAGCAUCCCAGCUUCUUUCUGGUGGGCGACCAUCACGAUGACCACAGUGGGCUACGGCGAUAUCUACCCCAAAACCUUACUGGGAAAGAUAGUUGGUGGUUUGUGCUGCAUUGCUGGAGUACUGGUGAUAGCCCUGCCCAUCCCCAUCAUUGUGAAUAACUUCUCUGAAUUCUACAAGGAGCAAAAAAGGCAAGAGAAAGCUAUUAAAAGAAGAGAGGCCCUAGAGCGGGCAAAGAGAAAUGGCAGCAUCGUCUCCAUGAACAUUAAAGACACAUUUGGCCACAAUUUAGAGCUCUUGGACGUAAUGGUGGAAAAAUCUGAGGAAAAAAAGGAGAAGCUGCACGACAAUCAUGUAUCUCCUAGUCUGCAGAAAGGGACACCCAAACUCAAGUCGCACACCAACUCCGGCAGCCCUGUGAAGACUCUUGAGUCCAGCUACCAGGAGCAGGCCAAGCCCUUGAGCAGCCCUCAGCAUCUCAGUGUGCAGAAACUGGAGGAGAUGUACAACAAAAUCACUCAGUCACAGCCCGACGUCAACGGCAAGGAAAAAGGUCCGCCCUCCAAAGCGGUCUGGCAGAAAGCCGAGUUUGAGAUGGGAAACAUUGCAGCCGAAGCCGUCUCGGGCAAAGCAGAGGUUGUGACGGAUAUGAGAAGCAUCUCCAGCCUGGACAGCUUCAUCAGCUGCACCACGGAUUUCCCUGAGAGUUCUCGCUUUUCCCACAGCCCCAUCAGCAACAUACCAGGGAAAGUCAGCACCAACCCGAGUCUGGAGCCCACGCUGGAGAACGAGCAUGAAGGACUCCACGGCACGAGCACACCGCAGACAGGAAGAGGCACCAGACCCACUCCGUGUUCCGACAACAACCCACACAAAAGCCACUUGCUCAAGGUCAACUUCAGAGAAGGUGAAGAUACAGGAACGGGGCCCCUCUCAGACAGCUCUGUCUACACAACUGCGAGCAGCGGGACACCCACCAAGAGCCCGGAGAACUUACUACCCAGCAUUUUCACAUUUCACGACACGUCCGUCAAUAAGUUCAUCGACGCUGACACAGAUGAGGAGGAGCACCUGCACGAUGGUUCAGGCACCAACCCGUCCCAGAGACUCCUGGAGAAGGCCAGCCCCAGGUUUGGCCAUCCCUCCAGCUUCCAAAGGGGGGGAUCCAACCACAUGGAGGGCCCGCGGAGGAAGCUGGGCAACAGCACACUGCCGAUAGAGGGCCAGGAGAACCAUGUGGCUCAGGAACUUCAGCCACUUCAGGGAGACGAGAGUCACUCCAAUGCUUGAAGUUACAAUACGUGAGAGACGACAACGGGAGGGAAGUGGAGAUGAAAAGCACUGAAAACACUUCAAAAGAAGUAGAAAAUAAAACAUUUGUGUAAGAUGGGAGAAAGACAAACAAUACUCGUACCUGAUCGUUUUUAGUAUUUAUACAUUUGUUUGAAGCCAGAUUAUCUCUAAAACUGCAGCCUAGUGAUGGAAGAUAGAAUAUUGUGGGUUUUUGUUCAUAUAUAUAUAUAUACAUAUACAUAUUAUAUAUACAUACAUAUAUAUAUAUAAUAAUUGAAACACCUAUUUUUCUGAUAUUCCUGGAUAAAGCCACGAGCAAAGACAGUCCAGUCAGUAGCACGGAGGGCAAUGAAAACACGGCAAACACAUUCAGCUGAUUUUACUUCAAAUAAGUAUGUUGUGGUGCAACAAUGGGAUGGGGGGGUAUUUAUUUUUCUUAAAGUGGUGACUAUAAAUACAUGGUAUAAUUGUGAGAUAACAAACAUGGUCGGGAAAAAAAAAGGUGUAUAUUUUUGCUUCCUUCCUCAAAACUGGCCUUAGUUCAAGUCGUCUCCUGUGUUUAAGUUUGUGUUUUUGACACAGAGCACAGAGUUCGUCUCUUUGUCUUAAAUAUGAAGUUUGACAUCUUUCUCGUUGAUGUUUUUUUUUAAACUGCACAGACACAGAGAGACACUGUGAGGCCGCGUCCGUCCAUCCGUCCGUCCGUUUUCCCUCUUGUCCCGCCCUUUGUGUCCAGCCGCUGACAAGAGAAAGCACCUUAACUUGAGAAGUAUUUUUAUUAUGAGCACAGACAAAAAAGGAAACCGUAACUAUGUG